GUGUUACGUCAGACGUAACGUGCGAGGGUGCGCUGGGCGGAGUGGCCCUGUGGUGUUGGCGCGUGUAGUACGGACGGUGAUUGCCGCGGGGAUAGACGGAGAGGAGAGGCGGGAAGGAGCGUUUGGUUGCCGUCUGCGUUAUUAAACAGCCAAAAUGCAGGAUUCCAAGUCAGAUCAGAGCCUUGAGACGAAGGAUUCAGAAGACAAUGUAGCGGCCUCAGCGGAUACCCCACCUGCCAGUAAAGACAUUCUAGAAGUCACAGAGAUGGAGCAGUCUCCGGAACAGGAAUCAUUACCUGACGUGGAGGAGGCGGCGGAACCCCCUACAAAAACAGAGCCGGAGCCGCCACUCCCCCCAGAGUUUGACAAGUACUGGAAGGCUGUGGAAGCCAAUCCUGAGGAGUUUACAACUUGGACUUAUCUGCUGCAUUAUAUUGAACAAGAGAAUCACAUCUAUGCUGCCCGAAGAGUGUUUGACAUGUUUCUUGCUCAUUAUCCAUACUGUUACGGUUACUGGAAAAAGUAUGCUGAUCUAGAGAAACGCAACAACAACGUCAUGGAAUCCGACGAGGUCUACCGGAGAGGAAUUCAGGCUAUCACUUUAAGUGUUGACCUUUGGAUACAUUAUCUUCAGUUCUUAAAAGAAACUUUAGAUCCUGCAGAUCCCGAGACCUGUAAUACUUUAAGAGGGACAUUUGAGCAUUCAAUCAUGUCUGCAGGCUUAGAUUUUCGAUCUGACAAGCUGUGGGAGAUGUAUAUUGCCUAUGAGACUGAACAGGGAAAUCUAAGUGGUGUCACAUCUAUUUACAGUCGCCUGCUUAGUAUUCCUACACAACUCUAUGCUCACCAUUUACAGAGGUUUAAAGAACACAUUCAAGGUAAUCUUCCCAGAGAUUUCCUUACGUCUGAAAAGUUUAUCGAAAUGCGGAAAGAGCUGGCUGAAAUGAGCCAGCAAUGUGGAGUAAAAAUUGAAUAUCCAACUGGCCUGGAAGAGAUAACUGACCCAGCAAAGCGCACAACAGAAGUCGAAAACAUGCGACAUAGAAUUAUUGAGGUGCAUCAAGAAAUAUAUAACCUCAAUGAAAAUGAAGUCCAUAAGAGGUGGACCUUUGAAGAAGGAAUUAAACGUCCCUACUUCCAUGUGAAAGCUUUAGAGAAAAUCCAGCUGAAUAACUGGAAAGAAUAUUUGGAAUUUGAGAUGGAGAAUGGGUCACAUGAGCGUGUGGUGAUCUUGUUUGAGAGAUGCGUCAUUGCCUGCGCCCUCUAUGAGGAGUUUUGGAUCAAGUACGCCAAGUAUAUGGAACGUCACAGUGCCGAAGGAGCAAGACAUGUCUACACCCGGGCCUGCAGCAUCCAUCUACGGAAGAAGCCUUUAGCUCAUUUACUUUGGGCUGCCUUUGAGGAGCAACAAGGUAACAUUGAGGAAGCCAAGUGUAUUUUGAAAACAUUAGAAGAGUGUGUAGAAGGUCUGGCAAUGGUUCGGCUGAGGCGAGUCAACCUUGAAAGGAGACAUGGAAACUUAAUUGAAGCAGAAAAUCUGUUGACCGAUGCCAUGAACAAUGCUAAAUCCAACAAUGAAUUAUCGUUUUAUGCAAUAAAGCUUUCCCGCCAUUAUUCCAAAAUUCAGAAGAAUAUCGAGAAGGCAAAGAAAGUAUUAAGUGAUGCCAUUCAGAGAGAUAAAGAAAAUACCAAGUUACACCUCAAUCUGAUUGAUUUGGAGUUCAGUGGAGAUGUGAAACAAAAUGAAGCCAACAUCCUGUCCCAUUUUGACAAAGUCAUAAAGAGCUCAAUGCCAAUGGCGACACGAGUUUUAUUUUCACAGAGGAAAGUGGAGUUCUUAGAGGACUUUGGAUCAGAUAUCAACAAAUUACUGACCACCUACGAAGAACAUCAGAAACUUUUAAAAGAACAAGAAAAUUUGAAGAGAAAAUCUGAAAACGGGUUGGAACAGCCAGAAACUAAGAGGUUGCAUACCGAGGAUACCACAGUGGUGUCUGCUGCUCCAGUGGCUGCUGCAGCAACAGGAACUGUGCCAUCAGCAUAUAACUAUAACAAUUGGUACCAGUACAACUACCAGAAUGCUGGAGCCUGGAACUAUGGACAGUAUUACCAUCCUCCCUCCACCUGAUGCCUUACCAUUUCAUCUAUGAAUCCCUUUCACAACAGAAGUUGAUCUAAGUUAUAAAGUGUGCUAAUUUUGUCUUUCACUUUGGGGGAAGGUUUAUGGUACCUGAGAGUAUCCAGGUUCUGAGCACUGUCCGUCAUCUGUUUCUGAAAUUUACAGACAAAAAUAAAUUUCUCCCUUUUAAUAACCUUCUCUGUUAAUUUUCCACUUGCUGGAAAAUAUUCAGUACAUAUUAUUUUUUUUUACCCCCCCCCCCCCCUCAGUCUUUAUAUUUUGUGUAAAUUGGACAGAAAUAACUUUGUUCUGGAAAAAGUGUCUUUCUGUUGGAAGCCUUUCUACAAAGAAGUGUUGAAGGGACAUCCCUGCACAAUUGAGAUGUACGGCUAACAUUGUCUGGGGAAAUUUUCCAGUUAAAUGUUGUAUAUGCAGAUUUUGGUUUUCUUUUUUUUAGAAGCAUCUGGAUUUUUAGAAGCUUUUCUGUAUUGCUAUUCAUCUGUAUGUAUCUUCUUUUUACCACCGUUGGUCAUGUUUUGUUGCCAAUAAACAGUUGGAUAAUACAUCAA